AAAUGUCGUGAAGCGUGGUCGGCGGGGCUUGCGGCGCACAGAGUGACCGGGCCCGGCGCCCUGCAGCCUAUGCCCCGUCUCCCGGCGGCCGCCUACCCUCUCCUGCUCCAUGUGGGGCCCCGGCCGGGCUCUCAGCCUCUCCUCCUGUUCCUCCUUCCACUAUGGCCCGGAAAACAGUUAGCAGGAAGCGGAAAGCGGCGGCGUCUGCCGCCGCGGGGCCCGGGGGGCUCCAUGGGGAGCAGUAUGAUUGGGAUCACUCAGUUCACAAAAGGAGAAGACUGUCCCCGGUGAAAAGGUCUCUGGUAUACUACCUGAAAGGUAGAGAGGUGAGGGUGCAGAAUGAGUCCAGCUAUCACCGCUUGUUGCAUGGGUAUGCAGCUCAGCAGCUUCCCAACCUUCUGAAGGAGAGAGAAUUUCACCUCGGAACCCUUAACAAAGUGUUUGCUUCCCAGUGGCUGAACCACCGACAAGUGGUGUGUGGGACAAAAUGCAACACAUUAUUUGUAAUAGAUGUCCAGACUGGUCAAAUUACCAAGAUACCUAUUCUGAAAGAUCGUGAACCUGGCAUGGUGAACCAGCAGGGAUGUGGCAUUCAUGCCAUUGAACUCAACCCCUCAAGGACUCUUCUGGCCACCGGUGGAGACAACCCCAACAGCCUUGCAAUUUAUCGUCUGCCUACACUUGAUCCUGUCUGUGUGGGAGAUGAUGGACAUAAGGACUGGAUAUUUUCAAUUGCGUGGAUCAGUGAUACUAUGGCUGUUUCUGGUUCCCGGGAUGGUUCCAUGGGUCUGUGGGAAGUGACAGAGGAUGUGUUGUCCAGAAGUGAUGCUAGGCAUAACCUCUCUCAAGUUCCUGUCUAUGCCCACAUAACACACAGGGCUCUGAAGGAUAUCCCCAAGGAGAACACCAAUCCUGACAACUGCAAAGUCCGAGCACUGGCUUUCAACAAUAAGAACAAGGAGCUGGGAGCUGUGUCCCUAGAUGGGUAUUUUCACCUUUGGAAGGCGGAGCACAUGCUAUCAAAGUUACUUUCCACGAAGUUGCCAUACUGCAGGGAGAACGUGUGCUUGGCUUAUGGUCAGGAGUGGUCGGUGUAUGCAGUAGGGUCGCAGGCACACGUUUCCUUUCUGGAUCCCAGGCAGCCUUCUCACAAUGUGAAAUCCGUCUGUUCCAAAGAACGAGGCAGUGGUAUUCGAUCAGUGAGCUUCUACGAGCACAUCAUCACAGUGGGCACAGGGCAAGGCUCCCUGCUGUUCUACGAUAUCAGAGCCCAGAGGUUCCUGGAUGAAAAGCCCCCACGUGCCUGCUAUGGACAGAAGCAGAAAUUAGGAGGAAGUGAAAUCUUGAAGUUGACUACUGGGAAGGGCUGGCUGAACCAUGAUGAAACCUGGAGGAAUUAUUUUUCUGACAUAAAUUUCUUCCCAAAUGCUGUUUACACACACUGCUACGACUCGUCUGGAAUGAAACUCUUUGUGGCAGGAGGCCCCCUUCCGUCAGGACUUCAUGGGAAUUAUGCUGGUCUCUGGAGCUAAUGAUAACUCUUUAUAAAUGCUGAUCUUUACAGAUUUCCACUUAUCUUUUCCUUUUUUUUUAACAAAGAAAUUGUGUGAUGCCAUUGAUUUGAUUUAAAUGCAAGUUAUUUUUUGGCAGAGUUUUCUGUUGGUCUCCAACAGUUUUGUACAUCCUUUUGAGCCAAUUUUUUGCUUUAACCUCCUUGAUCCUUUAUAUGAAGGGUUUUUGAAAUUGCUUGUUAUCAUUUACUCCAAAUUACUCUUCCCCUACAUUAGGCUAUCUUGGCCACGUGCCCCCUCCCCUACUUUGCUGUGAGGUAGGAUUCCUUUCUUAUAGAGUGAUUGCUCCUGGGCUUUCUGUGAAAGUCUUGAGGCUUCAUGUGUGCAGGUACUUUGUGUCAGUUGUUACAUUACCUGGAGUGAGGACUACUUGUAAUUUAAAAAAAAAAUAAUAUUUAUAAGAGAUAAGCUACUACUUUAUCUGCAAGAGCCUGACCCUGGCCUGGGUUGAUCUUAUUUUUUAAAAGUACAAGUCUAAUGACACUAUUUAUAUGUAGAGGAAUGUGUUACUUUAAAUUCUACUCAUUGGAGCCCAGGGACAGAUUCCCCAGGGGUAUUGCCCAUGAAGCCCAAACUGCACAAGUGAAAAAGUUCUCAAAAAAUUCAUUUGUAUUUGUAAUUUUCAGGAGAAAAAAAAAAAGAAGUUGCUGUUCUGAUCCUUCUCUGCCUGUCCUAGGUAGCAGCUUGCACAACUGGAGUUUGCAUAGGCUGUUGUGCAGCCUGGCUGUUGCAGGGUGAUGUCAUGUUGAGGGCCUACAGAAGUGCUGAGAGGAAAAGGGGGCUAGGGACAGGCGUAUUCUUGUCCUUCAAAAUGAACUAAAUCUACGAGUUUUCCAGAUGAGCCAAGGUUCCCAAGAGUGCUGCUGCUGUAGCACAUUGGUUCUUCACAAACUGCCUAGAAUCCAGGGCCUUUUUUGUCCCAGGUUGUGGAAACUUUCCAUUUCAGCUGUUGGGGUUGGCUGUCUCUAAUAAGCCAGUGGAGUAAACAAAGUACUUGUUCUCCAGGCUAAGGAGUGCAUCUCAGACCUAACACAAGCUGGAAGUUUCCUAUGUAGAAAGAUAACUUGCUGUCAGCUCAUGUUAUGUUCACAUCUGUCAUCCUGCUUGCUAUAGGAGAGGCUUAGUCUUUCCCCAAAUCCUUUCUUGGCUUUUGCAUUCAAACUCUCUUCAACUUUGUGUGAAACUGGGUGUGGAGAAUAGGUCUGAUGUCUUUCAGAUGCAGCUCUGAAGUGUAUUCAUAUCAGGAGGAUGGUCUUACUUCACAUCUGGCCAAAAAGCAGGGCUCCAGGGUGCUCCUCCUAGCCUUUUGGCACCAAACUCAGCUUGUUACUGAUGCCUCUCUCCUCUGCUGGGAUGAAUGCCUUUCCCCUGCCCUUGUCACUUCAUUGCUUUGGUGCUAAAUGAGCAAUUGAAGCUGAGAAGAAAGGCCAGGCUGGGAUGUGCUCUGUUCUCCCAUCUCAGCUGGAGAUCACAGCCACCACUGCAGAACAGCUUGUCACUUAUGCAGUCUGCAUGUGACUAUGCAGUCCCUCUCUUCUUUGUAUUUAUCUUCAUCAGGAACACCAAGCAGUGAGCCUCGGGUUUAAUUUCCAUUUGGUAGAGGAGAACUGGAUUAAAAUCCUGUAAGGAAUGCAGUUCUCUCCCAUCUGGGUGGAAAUGCUGGCAAGAGAGGAGGUCUCCCAGAGUACAUCUGUCUCAGAGGUAUAAUUAACUCACACUAAGCAUUGGCACAGGGGCUUCACAAGCAGAUCUUUUUGUGGUAUUUCAUAAUUCUACUUCUCUUGUGGGUUGGUUGCUUAAACUGAACCAGUUGGUGGUGCUGCAUCUGUGGCUGUUGGGGCUUUUCUCUGAAAAAGGGCACAUGAUAACUCUGUAGGGCAGGGAAGGAGCUCUCAAAUGUUAGAGUUUUUCAUUGUUUUUCAAAGAUGUUGUUCCUUCUGGGAAGGAUUACAGUCAUGACACACCUUCAGGCUUUUCAGUCAUGUGGGAUCACUUGAGCUGCUGUUAAGGGAAGCAGUUAAUUUUACUGCUCAGCUCUUUCAGUAGGCUACCAUGUUGAUUUGGGGAUAUUUAGGUAUUACAUUUUCAGUAUUCAUAAUAACAGGUAAUCUAGCUUGUAAUUAUUGAUGGAGUUGGUAAUACCCAGCUUUGUAGAUACAGGGUAGCAAUCUCUCAGUAACAAUUGAGUGUUACGUGGUGGACGUUCAUAAGGAAGCAGAAGCUACUUUGCAGUCUUGGCUUGAGCACAGUGAUGAGAGUGGUGCUUGGCCUCUUCACCAAACAACUUAUCGCUGGUACUUUCUUCAGCUUUCUCCCUUGUACAAUCAGGGUCAGCUAGGCAGAAUCGUUAGUGCUCUUCUCGAAUGCUUUCUGGGGUUGUAGUAAAGAAAUGAGUCUGUUUGUUUGGUUCCCUAAUCAGUGCUCCUGGUGUUAGUCUGAUGUGAGUAAAUUACCAAAGAAUAGUUAGUAAGCAUUUGUUACUAUUCUCACUUGUUAAUUUUCCAAAUGGAUCCAUUUUACAGAUUCAUUGCAAGAGUGUCCUGUUAUCUUACUGGACUUUGUCCACAAAGGUUACAUUCACAUUGCAGGUGACUCCCUGAAGGAGGUAGACUCUUGAACUUCAUUAUGGGGAUAUAUUUGUUGCCUCCAUCUCAAGUCUUUGGCAGCUUUUUGUAUCUUAAUCCUUAAGAUAGUUCUCUAGAAUGUCAUCCUCUUCCUUGACCUGAACACUUGCUUUGUAUAUAGCUUGCAGCUGUAGAGUUAACAGAUUAAAGUUAUGAUCCCCCUAUGUUGAGUGAUGGUUUGGUGUCCUGAUUUCUGCCCCUUACUGGCCUUGUGAACCAAUGUCCCUCAUGAAGCGCAGCUGUGAAAUAAAGCAGACUUGCCUCGUG